CACGUGACGGCGAGGCUCCGCCCUCACCUUCGGCCUCCAGCCUCCCGCCUGCUGCGAGAGUGGCCUCAGCCUGCGGUAGCACCAGCUGACUGCAGGGGUGCGGAGGCUGCAUCAGGAUGGCAGAGGAGCAGGAGAUUGCCCAGCUGUGCAAGCUGCCCACACAGCCCUCCCACUCGCACUGCAACACCUACCGAAGCACACAGCACUCCCAGGCACUGCUUCGCGGCCUGCUUGCUUUGCGAGACAGUGGCAUCCUCUUUGAUGUUGUCCUGGUGGUGGAGGGAAAACACAUUGAGGCUCAUCGGAUUCUGCUGGCUGCAUCGUGUGACUACUUCAGAGGAAUGUUUGCUGGGGGACUGAAGGAGAUGGAGCAAGAGGAGGUCCUGAUCCAUGGUGUGUCCUACAAUGCCAUGUGCCAAAUCCUGCACUUCAUAUACACCUCUGAGCUAGAGCUCAGCCUCAGCAAUGUGCAGGAGACGCUGGUUGCUGCCUGCCAACUUCAGAUCCCAGAGAUUAUCCACUUCUGCUGUGACUUCCUCAUGUCCUGGGUAGAUGAGGAGAACAUCCUUGAUGUCUACCGGCUGGCAGAGCUCUUUGACCUGAACCGUCUAACCCAACAGCUAGAUACCUACAUCCUCAAAAACUUUGUGGCCUUCUCAAGAACUGACAAGUACCGCCAGCUGCCCAUGGAGAAGGUCUACUCCCUUCUCAGCAGCAAUAGCCUGGAGGUCUCCUGUGAGACUGAGGUGUAUGAAGGGGCCCUGCUGUACCAUUACUCCCUGGAGCAGGUACAGGCUGACCAGAUCUCACUGCAUGAGCCCCCCAAGCUCCUAGAGACUGUGCGGUUUCCCCUGAUGGAAGCUGAGGUCCUCCAGCGGCUGCACGACAAGCUUGGUCCUAGCCCACUGAGAGACACUGUGGCCAGUGCCCUUAUGUACCACAGGAACGAGAGCCUGCAGCCCAGCCUUCAGGGUCCACAGACAGAGCUUCGCUCAGACUUCCAGUGCGUUGUGGGCUUUGGGGGCAUUCACUCCACACCAUCUACAAUCCUCAGUGACCAGGCCAAAUACCUGAAUCCCCUGCUGGGAGAAUGGAAACACUUCACUGCCUCUCUGGCUCCCCGAAUGUCCAACCAGGGCAUUGCAGUGCUCAACAACUUCGUGUACUUGAUUGGAGGGGACAAUAAUGUCCAAGGAUUCCGAGCUGAGUCCCGAUGCUGGAGGUACGACCCGAGGCACAACCGCUGGUUCCAGAUCCAGUCCUUGCAGCAGGAACAUGCAGACCUGUGCGUGUGUGUCGUAGGCAAGUACAUCUAUGCUGUGGCUGGCCGUGACUACCACAACGACCUGAGUGCUGUGGAACGCUAUGACCCUGCCACCAACACCUGGGACUACGUGGCCCCACUCAAGAGGGAGGUAUAUGCCCAUGCAGGCACCACGCUGCAGGGGAAGAUGUACAUCACCUGUGGCCGCAGAGGAGAGGACUACCUAAAAGAGACACACUGCUACGAUCCGGAAAGCAACACGUGGCAUACACUGGCCGACGGGCCUGUGCGACGAGCCUGGCAUGGCAUGGCUGCCCUCCUGGACAAGCUGUUUGUGAUUGGAGGCAGCAACAAUGACGCUGGCUACAGAAGGGACGUGCACCAGGUGGCUUGCUACAGCUGUACAUCUCGACAGUGGUCAUCGGUCUGUCCACUGCCAGCUGGGCACGGUGAGCCUGGCAUUGCUGUAUUAGACAACAGGAUAUAUGUGCUGGGUGGCCGCUCUCACAACCGAGGCAGCCGCACAGGCUACGUGCACAUCUACGACAUGGUGAAAGACUGCUGGGAGGAAGGGCCCCAGCUGAACAAUUCCAUCUCAGGCCUUGCAGCCUGUGUGCUCACCCUGCCCCGCUCCCUGCUCCGAGAGGCACCCCGAGGGACCCCCAACCGCAGCCAGGCAGAUGCAGACUUUGCCUCUGAGGUGAUGAGUGUGUCAGACUGGGAGGAGUUUGACAACUCUAGCGAGGACUAGGGUUCUCCCUAGUGUUCAGGAGGGGUAACUGGGACAGUGAAGGUCACAGGGCCUGGAUUAGAACACCAGGCUCCAGGGUAGGGGCCCUUACCCAAGCCAUCCUGGUUCACCAGCUGCCCUUUUCCACUGUCUCUUCAGCCAGCUCCUGGCAUUUGCGAACUCUAUGGCUGUGAAUUCCAUUACAAAGAGACGUGCUGGGGGAAAGGCUGUUAUCGUCAAAGGACUGACCAGGCCCAUCCUCCAUACACUCUGAAGGGCUGGUGUCUCUAUCUAGCCUUCUCUUCUCCUGACUGUGGCCCCUGCAAGAGGUCCUGGGGCUCCCAUAUCCCAGCCAUGGUCCAAGCUCAUGGCUCUCUUCUUUCUGUGAGCCACAUGGUCUGGUGACCAGCUCAAGCUGCCUGCAGCCAGGGCCUUGAGCAGCUGGGGAGCUCUCAAGAGACAGAAGAAGUAGUAUAUCUGGAACUGGUCCUAGAGAUGAGGAGAUGCCCCCAUUUCUGUGUGUUUCUGACCCAAUAUUGUUGAAAAAUAAAAUAAAACAUUAUGCAAAAGGUGUUGUGUCUAAAUGCG